CUUCAGAUUGUUUCUUUCUCAUCAGGGGGCUGUGAAGGAGUACAAGGCCAUGGCCUCCUGGUUCAGCUGGAAUGAGCCUUAUUACCGAAGCCGCUGCCGGGACCCAGCCAAUGUGGUCACCGACACCCUGAUGCUGGAGUUCAGCUGGCAGCUGAAGGAGGCAGAGAGGAGGGAGGAGUACCGACGCCUCAAGACCGGAGUGGACUACAGCUGGCUGGCGAGCACGCCUCGCUCCUCCUACAACAUCAGCAUUGGGGAAAGGCUCAGCCUGGAGGGCCUCUGCUUCAAGGUGCCGCCAUCCUGCUGUAGUUUCGUCAUACUCAA